AGGGCUCCAAGUGCAGUUGUGUCUUCAGUAGACUUGCGAUCCCCGUUCCCUUCUGACGCCAUGGGUUGCUCUAGCUCCAAGACUUCCAAGGCUGCCAAGCCCCAGGAAGCUGUGUAUGCAGCUCCCAGGGCCGAACAAGCCGAACAAACCGAACAAACCCAGCCUGCAGUUGAGAGCACAGAGGCUGCAGUUGAGGCAGUUGAGGCAGUUGAGACCAAGGAAGCAACGGAGGUGACAGCUGAGCAGCCUGUCCCCACAGAAGCCAAGGAGGAUGAGGAGAAAGUCGACGUUGAAGAAGCGGAGAAAGCCAUUGGCGAACUGAAAGAAGCAGAGCUGAAGACGUCGCAUGUCGAAGUAAAGCCUGAGAAGGCUGAGGAUACUGAGACAGUCACCACUGCUACCAAGGAAGACUCACCAAGGCUCCUUGAUGUCAAAGUUGAAGCAGCUGAGACCCAGACCGGUCCAUGUGUUUGCGGCAGCUUGUGGUGAGUCCGGCCCUAAUUCGAGAAUAUUCAAGGCACAUGCGACGUCAUGUGCCGACUCUUGGUGCCUGCAGAGGUCUCGGAAGUAGACGUUUGCCGGCGAGACUCAAGGAUGUUUGUGCAGAGAUUGAUCCGAUCUCAGCAUUCUGCUAUCGCGACGAAUGCGAACAGUGUCAAAACAGCAGAGGAAGACUCGUAGUCCUAGGAAUUGUGAAUGUUGUCUCCGCGUGUAGAUUGGACACAGUCCCAGAUCAAGAUCUGACACAUGGACAGUGCAG